GUUACAUAAACGGACUUACAUAAUGUAGUACCACAACGCUUCAUGUUAGCCCUUCAACGUUGCAACUUCAAUUAGCCCUUCUUCAUCUUCGACUGUCGAUUCAACACUGAUAGGGCAUAAUAUGUCAGAUACACUGCCCCAUAGUACCCCCGAAGAAUCUGUGGCAGCUAUAUCAAUACCUGUGAGCGACGAUCGAGUACAAUCACUUGAGACGUUCAAGGCAAAGCUCCGAAACGCAGGAUUAUACCGGCCUGCCUCCAACGACACAGCUGCAUCUCACGAUGACGUAACUUUGCUGCGUUUCCUACGAGCUCGGCAGUAUGACGUAGACAAAGAUCAAAAGCAGUUUUCUGACACGGAAGCCUGGCGCAAACAACAUAACGUUGACGAGCUGUUUCGUACCUUUGAGGCUAAUGAGAUGGAAUCAGCCAGGAGGUUCUACCCUCGAUGGACAGGUCGUCGCGACAAGACUGGCCUGCCGGUCUAUGUAUACCGUCUUGCUUCCUUAGAUGCGCCGCUUCGGAAGGAACUCGAGUCUGUGCCUUCAGAGCGCCGAUACCAGCGAAUCGUUGCGCUUUACGAGGCGAUGACGCGCUUUGUGCUGCCAUUGUGCUCUCAUCUUGCUGCACCAACUCCAGUAUCAUCAGUGACCACUAUAAUUGAUUUGGAGCAGGUAUCCAUUUCUGCCAUGUGGUCUUUACGAAGCCAUCUUCAGGUGGCCUCUACGAUGGCUACAGCGAAUUAUCCAGAGACCCUCAGUACAAUCGCUAUCGUGAACUCACCAUCUUUCUUUCCUACGAUAUGGAAUUGGAUCAAGACCUGGUUCGACGAAGGCACUCGCAACAAAAUUCACAUCUUGGGCAAAGAUCCGGGUCCUACGUUGAGAUCGCUGAUCGAUGAGAAGGAUAUCCCACAGUCGUAUGGUGGUCGACUGCCAUGGAAGUUUGAAGAUGACCCAGAUCUGGAUGACACGAUUAAAAAAGUUAUUGGUGAGAUGCCCAAGGGUCCUGUACUGUUUGUAGACGGUUCCACGGUAAAGCUCUUGGGUUAGUUCUUCAGAAUAUAUCGAUUAAUUAAAGGUCACCUUGUGACAUUGCUAUGUUACAUUACAAGUGGGGGUGUGUACGAUGAUAUUUAAAAUAAGUCCAUAGCGAAUAGGAAAAAAUAUCUGCGAGCAGUAAAAACACAUCUAUGCAUCGUCAUCUUCAGGUUCCGCAGUGACACCAUCCUCAUUCCAAACUUCAAUGAACUA